AUGAUUGCUCGGCUUUUCCUCUGUCUCCCUCUAGUUUUCGCUGUUGUUUCAUCGGAACCGAUGGUAUGUUCAAAAUUCGGAUAUAACUGGGCUGCUGAGAUUCGCUGUCUUCGUGCGUUGUUGUCACAGUGCAAGCGGUCCGCGAGUAAUCGAGAAGUUCGAAAAGUCCCCCACCAAUGGAGCGAGCACUCUAACAACUUUGUUUCUACGGGUGAGAAGCCAAGACCAUAUAAUAUUGUUCCUUCGCCAUCGACCUCAACAACUACAACCACGUCACCUACAAUUCGGAUGUCCGCUUCGAUUCCAGAUUUUCCUGAUAUCAACACUAUCAUUGGGAAUCUGACGGAGCAUUUCGAGAUUAAGCUGCGUAAAUUUAAAGAAGUUUUGCAAAUGGAGCAGCAAAGAAGAAUCUCUGCUUUGCAGGUUCGCUUUGAAAGUGACAUCAAAACAUCCGAAGCUAAAGCGGAAAAGAAAUUAGCUGACCUCAAGAAAAAACAUGAGUUGGAGGUGAAGGAAUUGAAGAAGCGUUUGGAUCUUCUAGGAAUGCGUGCAUAUGUCCAUGGUCGCAACGAGUUCAUUUUUGUUCAGCACCGAAAAUCUUGGUAUGAAGCUGAGGAGGAUUGCAUCUCUUGGGGAGGUCAUCUCGCUUCUAUUAGCGAUGAGCAAGAAAACUCAUUCGUGAGAGGUAUUCUGCGAGCAGAAUCUGCUUGGAUUGGAGUCAACGACGUUCAGGUUGAGAAUGUCUUUGUGAACAGUGAUCAAACACUCGUCUCUUACAAAAAUUUCCAAGACGGAGAGCCGGACAACUCCAACCACAACGAGAACUGUGUGGCAAUAGGUUCAUCCGGGAAAUGGGCGGAUGCAUUCUGUCUUGUCACAAAACCUUUCGUCUGCAAGCGAUGA